AUUCGAAACGCUGCCAUCGCCGUGGAUGGACGUCUGUGUGUUCCUCGUUAGCUCCCCCGCUGAGACAAGCGUGGAUUCAACUAAUAAUAACAUUGUGAUGUGAAUUAACGGUACAGUUUGACGCAAAAUAGUUUUAUCAGUGUUGUGUUGUGUUCAUUGGAUUUUACCCAACCUCAAUCAAAGAUGGCGUAGAAAACCAGUCAGAAAUAUCCAUCAUAAAUGCUAUUAGACAAUCUGAUGGAAGGGGAAACUAUAAGCGCGAAGAAAUUGAUAUCAUCGAUCGAGAGGUUUAACAGUGAAGGCAAAGAACACGGCACUAUCAAGGCUCUAAUCAAGAACUUCAUUCUACCAGAAACAGACAUGGCCGUUAAAGACAAACAGGAUGAUAGAGACAGAUGUGUGUACACAGUACCCAUACAAUCUUCAUUAUCACCAAAAAAAUCAAGAUCUACAAUAAGUGACGCGAAAAAAGCCUUCCUUGAUACUACAGUUAAUACACCUUCAAGGAAUUUUGAUGUUGAACCUACAUUACACUACGCACAAAUUGCAAUAACAACAGACAGCGAAGAUACUAGAAGUACGGGCGGAGGGAAAGAUGUUAACCAAAAUAAGUGUAACAUAAAAGAACAAGAAAAACAAAUGCCCUUUAGUUCAACACACUGUCCAAUUAAUGUAAAGAAAAGAAUAGAACAACAACAAAGAAAAGUCAGUUUUAAAAUAAAAAAUGGCUCUACAGGUUACAGGCGACCACCGUUAAGUACAAAAACCAUGACAAUAACAAGUAACAAAGUGUCUGAAUUAACUAAAAAAUUUAACGACUUAAUAAAAGAACCAAAUACUGCACCUAAAACGCAAUCAAAGUUGGCAAAGACUAUCGAAGACUUACAAGCAGCGUCCAGAUGUUCUGUAAGCAAUAGUUCAACUCCAUCUUCCACACUAAGCUCUAGUCCUAACAUUAAAAUUGUUGUCAGACACAGAAAAGGUUCUAAAAAACGAUAUAACAAAAAGCGGUGUUCCAGUAUGGAUUCAAUUGACCAGUUACUUUUAACAGAAGGCGCUUCGAGCAAAAUUAGCAUAUUAAGAUCUAAAUCUGAUGGCAACAAAAUUCCUAAAUCGCCAAAGAAGAGAUUAAAGUAUCUAGAUUCAAGUGAACAACAGAGCGGAUCAGAUUCAGUUGACGGAACACCGACUAAAGUGAAGACUGAAGAUCCAACGAACGAGAAUAAGGAACCUCAAGAGCUAAAUGUGGUCAAGAAUGUCAUAAAGAAGUUUGAAUGUGAGAUUAAUGCACAAUCUAAUCUCAACGCCACUGUUAAAAAACAAAAUAACCAAACAGAAAGCAAUACAAGUACAAUUCUACGAAAAGAAAAACCAAAAGUACCUGAAAAGAAAUCAUCAUUAGUUUUAACAAAAAAUCUUGUACUUAAAGACGGUGUGCCGAAAAUUAAAACAAUCAAAACAAAUUUAGGAGACCCUAUUAAAAAAAUGAAUACCAGCAUUCCUAGCGUUGACUUAAACAAAAGGAAGGAACCCAUUUACGAUAAAAUGAAAUUUAAAACUAAUUUCAUACACACAGAAAAGCUAACAUUGCAUCCUGUGGAAAUAAUUCAAGAAGACCUAAACGAAUCCUCGGAAUCUAAAACCAUUGCAAACGACCAAAGUGUUACUGUUACAAACAACAUGUGCAAAGAAGAUGAAAAAGAAAUAAAUUCAAAUUUUACUCCAAACGAAUCUUUUCUUUGGCGAAGAAAAGGAAGCACUUCAGUUUAUUCAGACUGUGAUAAGACAUUUUCCGAAGGUCCAUAUGGUUUUGUUAGCAUAACAAUUAAUGACAACACUAUGCCAUAUGAAGAAAAUAAUUCAAAAGAAUCUCAAGACACUGAAAACAACGAAUCUCAUAUUGGUACUUUGACGGUUAAUAUUAAAAAUGAUUCCAAUUCGGAUUUCGAAAGCAAUCUAGUCGAGGCUUAUAAUAAGGAAGUUCUUGUUGGUUUUACUACCAAACCAAAAAAAGAGGAGGCACUCGAAGAUGACUACGAAAUAUUAGAACCGAGAGAUGCGGAUAAUGUAGUAAUAAUUCCAAUUAAAAGUAUUGAUAGAACUUCGAAAAUUAACUGUCCUCUUCCUGAAAUACCAAAAGAAGAAUGUCAGUUAUCACCGACUAUGAAAUCCAAAGAGGAAAACAUAUACCAAACUCUUUUAGAAGCGAGAUCCCACCCAGAAGGAGAUGAGAGUAGUCUACAUAAUUAUGAGCUUUGUUUUAAUCAAUUAGAAGAGAGAACUCGAGGUGACGGCGACAGCGACGACGGGUACGAGUACUGCAAAUCCCCCAUCAAGCCAUACUGCGUCACAUCCAGUUCAGGCAUUCAAAUAGCUGAGGACUAUCGACCUUACGGUCCGCAAGACAACACCAAAAACUAUGCCAUCACGAAAUCAGUCAGCGGUACAUCAACUGAAAGCUACGAAAAGAUCGGUACAGGAAGGAUUUAUGAAAAAAUUCCUCCCAAAGUCCAAUCAAAUCAGAGCAGUCCAGAUUACAGCAGUAGACAUUCUUUUGUGUCAUCGAACUACACAGGUUAUAAUGACGGUGAGAAUAUUUACGACACAAUCAAGCAAGCCGACAACACUUCACUAUCUCAUUGCUACGAAAGCAUUCCAAACAGUCCUAGCAUGGUGAAGCUAAGAAACAAUUUGAAGAAGCAGCUGGCUAGUGCGGUUCAGAAGCGUUUGUCUUUUGAUAACGUGUCCAACAUAAGCCAGUCGACAUUGUCCAGCGAACAGAAGACCAACAGCAUCUACGGGCAGCGGUCUGUGAUAAGUUACAACGGGCAGGAGAUCGCCUUCCAAGUGCCGAGCAGUACGACCAGCGUGAGUGACAGGAGCGAUCGCAGCGACGAUUGGGUCGAUGUCUCCGAUGAAGAAAAGACUGAUGAGCAGAAAAUUGUUAUCGUUCGCGAGAGAAGUCGCGGAAGAAAAAGUCCUAUCAGCUGGUCGCAGAAAGUUCGGCAUCAGUGGCAGAAAACUCCGAAGCAAAAAUCGAAUGACAAAGAUGGAGACAGCAGUGAUUCGGGACAUUUCUACGAGUCGCUGGAACCUGCGCCGCCUGUACCUGCACACCCGAACCACGUGGCCCACAUGGCACACACACACGACACGCACGUUGCCCACUCCGCCCACGGUCCCCAAGCAAGCUCAGCAUCACACAUGCUGCCCCUCGAAGAUGACUUCGAUUCAUUCGAUAGUGACACCGACUCAGAAGACCAUGAGCAGUCGGGACCCACACGCACCGCUCCGGAAGUGCCGUCCACGAGACUGCCCACUCCGCCCAACGGCGGCGGGCCCUACACCCUCACUAAGAUCGCCAACGCCGCACAGAAGAAGAUGAGACAAAUCAAACGCAAUCUCACUAAAAGAUAUACAGUGGCAAUGGACGGCAAGCCAUUCGCGAAACCCACACAACAGAACGGAACCUACGACAUACCUAAAGCCAAAAUGAGAUCACCUAUCUACGCCAAUUACGAGAGACCCGAUCUACAGACUAAUUACACAAAUAUCGCCUUCAACGAAACUAGAAACUUAAGCACUAAAAGCGAUACCACCAUAACCAAGGUCGGCAUCAAAGAGGAGGGUAAAUCUACAAGUGGGGAUAAAAGACACAGUAAUUGCGAGCAAGGAUCACCACAAGAGAAGCCCACUACGCCCACGAAUGAAACCAAAAAGGACACUGGAACUCUUUCGCGGAAGACGUACUUCUCAUUCAAGUCACGGUUCAGGAGAGCAUCCUCGAUGGCGGUGGACCUCAAUUCGGAAGUUCCGAGCGCGCUCAAGAUCACCAACUCCACGUUUUACUUAACAGACUCUAUGGACGGUGACUCCGGAUUCAGCAACUGCAGCGACAGUGGCGCCACCAACACUGACACUCUCUCCGCGUCAUCCCGACGGCGUGACGAACUAAAGCGGCUGCUGCCCACCCUAUCUCGGAAGGACAAAGGGCCGCGCACGCGCACCUCGUGGUACGCGGAGUGCGAGCCUGCACAUCUCUCCACUACGCCCUCCUGGUACUCAGAGGCGGGCCUGUACCAGGGCAACGCGUCGUCGUCGUCGGGCGCGUCGUCAGGCUCCCACCCCGCCUCCCCUCUCCCGCAGCCGCACUCGCUCUUCACUCACGAGCCCCUCUACCAGUUCUACAACGCGGCCAAAGUUGAGUCGGCGUGUCGUGAGAGCGGCGACUCGGAUUCGGACGGGUACGAGGCGAGCGCGGCGCGGGCGCGGCCCUCCGCCAUGGCGCUAGUGGCGCCGCGCGGACCUGCGCGCACUCUCUGGUGCGAGGUGCCCGAGGUGCUUAACUCAGCCGUGCUCAGCUCACUAGCGCCAGCGCAGAAGCGUUUGCAAGAAGCUAAAUUCGAGGUCCUGACGUCAGAGGCUUCGUACCUGAACUCUUUGAACGUGCUAGAGGCACACUUCAUCUCGCAUCCCGCCUUCCGCGACCCGCACGUGCUGCCGCCACACGAUUGGGAUACACUCUUCUCUACCAUACUACCAGUGCGCAAAUGCUCGCAGCUGCUGAUGAUGGACCUGGAGAAGUGCUGGCAGGAGAACAUCCUGCUGCAGGACAUCUGCGACAUCGUGCGGCGGCACGCCGAGGCACGCUUCCAUGCUUACGUCAAGUACUGCGAGAACCAGGUGCUGAUGGUGCGCGCGCUGCAGCGGCUGCGAGACCGACCCGCCUUCGCUAACGCACUCAAAAGACUGGAGAGCCACCCUGCGUGCCAGAGCUUGUCGCUGCACUCGUUCCUGAUGCUGCCGAUGCAGCGCGUGACGCGGCUGCCGCUGCUGCUGGACGCGGUGCUGCGCAACCUGCAGCCCGCAGACCGCGAGUACGACGGCUGCAUGCACGCGCUCGCCACGCUCAAUGACUUCGUGUCGCAGUGCAACGAGGGCGCUCGCAACACGGAGCGCGUGGAGGAGAUGUUCCGGCUGGCGGCCGCCAUCGAGUUCCCCGCGCACGCGCGCGCCGCGCCGCUGCUCGGCCCCGCCUGCUCGCGCAGGGACCGCAAACCGAUCCGGUGGCUGGUGCGCUCCGGCGAGAUGACGCAGCUGAUCUGGAAGGCGGACGAGCUAAAGCUGACGUUCGGCAAGAAGUUCCACAAGGUGCCGCUGCACCUGUUCCUCUUUAACGACCUUCUCGUCGUCACCAAGAAGAAAGGCGAGGAGUCGUACCUGGCGGUGGACUGGUGCGCGCGCUCGCUGCUGGAGGUGUGCGAGGGCGCGGCCGCCCCGCCCGCCGCCAAGCACGCGCUGCUGCUCACCCUGCUCGAGAACAGGGAUGCGCGCACCGUGGAGAUGGUGAUGUCGUGUCCGAGCGAGACGGACCUGUCGCGCUGGGGCGAGGCGCUGGCGCCGCUGCGGGGCGGCGCGGGCGAGGCGGUGUACGCGGGCUGGGACUGCCCGCAGGUGGCCGCGCUCUACGCGUACGCGCCCGCGCAGCCCGACGAGCUGCCGCUCGCUGAGGGCGACGUCGUCAACGUCACGCGCAAGACCAGCGAAGGUUGGUACUACGGCGAGCGCACGCGCGACGGCGAGGCGGGCUGGUUCCCCGGCUCCUACACGGUGGAGAUCGCGUCUGCGCACGUGCGCGCGCGCAACCUGCGCCAGCGCUACCGCUUGCUCGCGCUCUCCGGCACUUACCUCGGACACAGGAAGCGCGCGCCAUAGACUGCACAGCCACUAAGGAGGACGUAAACAUCACUUCACUUCACUAUAAGAACCGUACAAAGUUCACAUUACAAUAGGCUUGAUAGACGAUAGGUAUUAAAUAUUUUCUUUCCGUGAUUUAGAAGUUAUAAUUAUAAAACAAAAUGCUGUUUUAAAAAGAAAAAUUAAACUAUUUCGACAAAAAAGGGACCAAAAGUUUUAUAAACCACAUUUGAAAACAAAUUAACUUGUCUAAAAUUAAAUUGAUGACAUAUUUAAUCACUUCUUAAUGCAUUUUCUUAUGAACUAUGAAAUUUUUUAACUUUAGCUAUUGCUGGUAGUCCAAGCACUGCCUUAUUACCGCUUAGGAUUUAAGUAUUAAGUCUACUCGGUUGGUAGCUUAAGUGACUGCACCGAACUAUGAAUAUUGGUGCAUAUUUAUUUAGGAAGAAGACAUUACAAUCUAAUUUGAUAAAAUAACGACUAUUAUUUGUAUAUAUUUAAAAAAA